UAUUCCAGGGGGACACAUUUUAAAGCGCACAACAUUCUGACAGCUACCGCUUUUAUUUUGAAAGACCCAAACCGGAAUUUAACUUCAUUUUGUGUUUGUUGUUAGCUGGUGAAUGUUUGCGAGAAAUCUGCCCUUGUACCUUUUAUCGGUUUGUUCAUUUGUUAGCCAAGUACUAAUGACAUUGAUUUUUUUUUUGUAUUAGCCUAAUAUCUGAAUGUCGGUGGAACUAUACUAGGCUAUUUUGUGAAACGACUCGGAUGUAGUAGCAAGCUAACGUUUACUGUUCGAACAUGCUCGUAAGCAAAGCUAGCUGACUUUACAGAUAAUAUAAAGGUGACGAUAGGUUUAGCUAGUGUCAUUACCAAAUCGGAGGCUUUGGCUAUGGUGUCUCGACAUCAGAAGCGCGUUUUGCGGUAUGUGGAGGAGGGAAGUCUGCUAAAACUAAAGUCCUAUCUGCGCAAACACCCAGACGUGGAGCUGAACUUUUCCUCGGGGAAAAAACGAAGGGGGCCCUUGCAUGUGGCCUGUUCGCUCGGGGACGACGGCGUGCUGCGGCUCCUACUGAAGAACGGAGCGGAUCCGCUUCUUGGGGACCGAAACGGGGAGACGCCUCUGCACCUGGCAGCCAAAAGGGCUCUCAAACGCGGCAAACGGGCCUACGAUGACCUGGUGGUCCCCCUUCAGAAGAGUUGUCCCGUCGCCAUGGAAACGCCGAACAAAGCUGGAGUCACGCCUAAGGAUUUGCUGCAAUGGAUGAGAGAAGAUCAGUUUCGGGAACCGCGCGUAAACGGCAGCAGCUCCACGGCAACCGACGCUGAUCGAGCGUGGCGGGACAAGCUUUUCGGCGAAUGCCAGGACGAGUUCUACGAGACCUUCGGGCAGUACGACGAAGACUUCCUGCACGAUGACGUAGACUCGGAGGACUUCGGCAGUUGGGCGGAACGCAUCCGGCGGGAGUACGCGACGAGGCAGCGCUCCCGGGCCCAGCGAGAGGCGGCGGCGGCGGGCUCGAAGGGGAGGAAGAGGAGGAAGACGAAGGAGGAGGCGGAGGAGGAAGAACGCGACCGGCGGGAGCUCCAGGAGAGGCUUCAGAGGGAGCACGAGGAGUACCUGGCGCGGGCGGCGAGGAAGGAGGCGGAGACUCGGCUGAGCAGGCGGCGGCGGUACGAGGAGCGGUGCGCCGCGACGUUCAGCGGUGGCGGCGGCUCGGCCGCGCGGCUGGGCUACGCGGACAUCCCCUGGCCCGCGCCCCGCGGCACCGUGGGGGAGAUGGUGGAGGUGAUGCUCCACGGCGCCGACCGCACCGACCUGCCCACCUUCCGGAAGCUUCUGAAGCGGCAGCAGGCGCUCUGGCACCCGGACAAGUUCGCCCAGCGCUGCGGCGACCGGCUGGAGGACGGUGAGCGGACGCGCAUCCUGGACACGGUCACUGCGCUCUCCCAGGAGCUCAACAGGCUGGCCCAGAGCGUCAGGUGACCCGCCCCAGAGCGUCAGGUGACCCGCCCAGAGCGUCAGGUGACCCGCCCAGAGCGUCAGGUGACCCGCCCCAGAGCGUCAGGUGACCCGCCCCAGAGCGUCAGGUGACCCGCGUCAGGUGACCUGCCCCGGAGCGUCAGGUGACCCGCGUCAGGUGACCCGCCCGGAGCGCCAGGUGACCUGCCUGCUGGGCGUGAGGGCGUGGCCACGCUGACCCCGAGGUCACCGCUCAGGUGUAUCGCAUCGAGAAACGGAAAAAACGAAUUCAACGGCUUCGUCGUUUCAUCUGGCGACAAGCGGGUGCCAACCUUUGCGUUGCGGGUAAACGCAGAACAAGUAGAACGCGGGUCAGCCUUUCCCGUUGGCACUGAAAACUGUGGGUGUGCAGCUAGCCAAUGAGAGGCUGAGGAUAUUUGAAAAUCAGUUCACCGACCCAGCAAAUAGACCAAAAAGAUUGCAUUUGUUAGAGGAUGGCAACGUGCACCUUAGCGUCUGUGGAUCGAAGUGGGGAAACUGCAUAAAUGUGAAUUUAACACAAACUUAAUUAAUUUAUUUUACAUCGCAAGACAUACAUCCAGUUCUCCAACUGCCAGUGGUGGGAAUGAUUGUGUCACCCCUCACGCCCCCCUCCCCCCCGGACCUGCCCAGUUCAGUUAAAUCCUUAUGUUGAGCCCCUGUUUGUCGAAACUCUGGAAUACACAAAUAUAUUCAUAAUUAUAUAGUCAUCAUAUUAAUCACAAGUGUGACCUCUCACCUUCUCUGGGAGUUUGUGAGAUGAGUCAUCUAGUCAUGCAAAUGCCUGCAUAUAGUCAGUUUCGGAUUUGACUCAGGGAUUGUUUCAUAUCAGAUUCAUAUGAGACGAUUAGCACUUGCGUAAAAUAAACCUGUUUUCAUCCA